AUGCUUCAAUUCAUCAAUGAUUUCCAAGGUUUCACCUCCCUCGACGUCUUGAGCUGCAGAUGCGCUACUGCAGCUCAAGUCCUGAUUCUGCACGGUUUGUUCCCCACUUCACCCUCCCAGCCGCGUAUGGCAGUGUCUACGGACUUGCUCGCGUUCUAUCGUGCGCUUUUCGAGCGCUCCUGUGAUGCUGUAAAUGCACUCGCAUCUGCCCUUCACACGCAUUACGUCCGUAGAGGUUUUCGUAUGACCAAUGGCAAAGUAAGUGAAUCUAUGUUGAGUUCCUUCGAUUCUUACAAAACUUAG